UGGUCUCGUCAUUUAUUCAUUAUUUGUUGACAUCUCGAGAUGGCUCGUACUAAGCAAACUGCUCGUAAAUCCACUGGUGGAAAGGCUCCACGUAAGCAACUCGCUACCAAGGCAGCCAGGAAAAGUGCCCCAGCUACUGGCGGUGUUAAGAAACCUCAUCGUUACAGGCCUGGUACCGUUGCUCUUCGUGAGAUCAGACGUUACCAAAAAUCCACUGAACUUCUCAUCAGGAAGCUCCCUUUCCAGAGACUUGUCCGUGAAAUCGCUCAGGACUUCAAGACCGAUCUUCGUUUCCAGAGUUCUGCCGUGAUGGCUCUCCAAGAGGCUAGCGAAGCUUACUUGGUUGGUCUUUUCGAGGAUACCAACUUGUGUGCUAUCCACGCUAAGAGAGUGACCAUCAUGCCCAAGGACAUCCAGCUUGCUCGUCGUAUUCGUGGCGAGAGGGCUUAAGUCGCUGUUGCUUUGUCAGUAUCUUAAAUGGCCCUUUUUAGGGCCGCUAUAUUAUAUUCUAAGUAUUCUCUUUCGAUCGCUGAUAUGCUACACGUUUAUGUUUAUUCAAUUUAUUUUUGGUCAAAAUCCUCGCUCGUUAGCGAAAACAAAUACAAAAUCACAAGCCCGUAGGUAAAUACAGUAACACCAAUUAAAUUUGAAUCAUACAUUCACCCUUACGGGAGACUUUCAGCAGUUAUAUAACUCUGACUGGCUACUACGUACUCUCAGAAAAGUGGUGCAAAUAUUGAUAGAAAAGGUAAGACAACAAAAGAAAGAAAGAGACCUCGAAAUUAUGUAAAUAGAGGAAUUUAUCUGUAUUACUGUACACUAAGCUACCUCUAAAGGCCUGAAAUUCG